UUAUACCUGGUCCAUUCCAAUUACUUAUAAAACUAGUUCCUCUGCGGAAAUUCAAAGAGCAUGGUUCUUAUAUAACGAAUCGGAACUUCUUAUUAACCUCGAUAACCCAGUGCAAUGGAUCAAAUUCAACUACGAUCAAAUUGGUUUAUAUCGAGUAAAUUAUUCCGAUGAGUUAUGGCAAAAUUUGGCGGAUGAACUUACAGACCCCGAGACAUUUAGCGUUGGCGAUCGCGCUAGUCUUCUAAAUGAUGCCUUCUCAUUGGCCGAUGCCACGCAGCUUUCCUACGAUAUAGCACUCGAUAUGACGGCUUAUUUGUCCAAAGAGGCGGACUAUGUGCCCUGGAGUGUGGCAGCCACAAAAUUGACUACACUCAAGCGCUCGUUAAUGUUCACGGAAACGUAUGUGAAUUACAAGAAAUAUUCGCUUGCGUUAAUACAGCCAAUUUAUGAGCAGGUGACAUGGACGGUCGGUACGGAUCAUUUGGAAAACCGCUUGCGUCAAACUAUACUCAGCGCUGCCUGUUCGCUUGGAUUAGAAUCUUGUUUAGAAGAGGCUGCAACACGCUUCACAGCAUGGCUUGCUGAGCCAACCACACGCCCACAUGCAGAUAUACGUGAAACCAUCUACUAUUACGGCAUGUCAGCAAUUGGCAAUGAGGAUGCAUGGCAAGCUAUGUGGCAACUUUUUAUUGCCGAAACGGAUGCUAACGAAAAAUCGAAAUUGAUGUACGGCCUUGCCGCAGUGCAAGUCCCAUGGAUUUUGAGCAAUUAUGUGAAUCUCGCUUGGUCCGAGGAAAAUGUGCGCAGUCAAGACUACUUCACAUGUCUGGGAUAUAUUUCCGCCAAUCCUGUAGGUGAAUCCAUCGUCUGGGAUUAUGUGCGCGAACAAUGGCCGCAAUUGGUUGAACGCUUCGGCAUCAACGAACGCACUUUAGGCAACUUGAUUCCGACAAUCACUGCACGCUUCGACAAGCAAACCAAAUUGGAGGAAAUGGAGCAAUUCUUUGCUAAAUAUCCAGAGGCUGGUGCUGGUGCAGCAGCACGUGUACGCUCUUUGGAGACAGUGAAGAACAAUAUUGUGUGGCUAUCGAAUAAUAAGAAUAGGAUUGGCUCAUGGUUGGAGGAGAACAGCGUUUGA